AAGUCUUUCACAAGUUAACGAAUUUCAGAAUAAAUGGUGGCAAUUCUUGUCUGCGUGCGGUGCCUCUGGUGCUGUCUUUUUGUCUUCUUCUUGAUUCUUUCGCAGCUCCAUUACACCUCUCAUUCUAUAAAAGGGAACGUAUACACAAGCAACUCUUACACAGCAAAGCAAACGAACCAUCAUCACUUACUGAACUCCUCAAUAUGUUGCAAUUCAUCAUCUAUGGCUUCCUUCUCCUCUGUUUCUCAAUCCACCUGAUAAAACUAUCCCGUCCAACUCCCACCACCAACAACAACAACAAAAAGCGCAUCACAAAACUGCCCCCUUCCCCUCCCAAGCUCCCCGUCCUCGGAAACCUCCAUCAGCUCGGUCUCUACGCUCACCGCUCACUCCAAACCCUCGCUCGCCGCCAUGGCCCCCUGAUGCACCUCCGAUUCGGCACGGUACCCGUCGUCGUAGCCUCCUCGGCCGCGGCGGCCAGAGAGAUCAUGAAGACCCACGACCACAACUUCUCGGGCAGGGUGGAAUCCGCAGUCGCCGCCAAGCUUCUCUACGAUUACGAGGACAUCUCCACCGCGCCGUACGGCGAGGGCUGGAGGCAGAGGAGGGGCGUCUGCGUCGUUCAUUUGCUCAACAAUCGGAGGGUUCAGUCGUUUCGGAGAGUGAGGGAGGAAGAGACGGCGAUCCUGAUGAAGAAGAUGAGAGACCAGCGGGUUGUGGAUUUGAGCGAGAGCUUUGCGACUCUGACGAACGAUGUCGUGUGCAGGGCGGCUCUGGGGAGGAAGUACAGCGAAUUGGGGAGCAAUGGGGGAAGGAAGUUCAACGAGCUGCUGUUGGAGUUUAUGGAGCUUCUGGGAAGCUUCAAUGUUGGCGAUUUCAUCCCGUGGUUGCGUUGGAUUAAUAUCUUUACCGGUUUCAGUGUCAGGGUCGACACUAUUGCCAAGGAAUUCGAUGACUUUCUUGAGGAAGUAGUUGACGAACAUACCAGAAAGCUGGAAAACAGAGCAAGCAGAGAGACAGAGGAAGAUCGAGAAGAAGAAGAAGAUUUGGUGGAUGUUCUUCUGAACCUCCAAAGAGAUAAAUCGCUGGGAUUCCCUCUUACUCGAAAGAAUGUUAAAGGCAUCAUCUUGGACAUGUUUGCUGCGGGGACGGAUACAAGCUACACGGUUCUAGAAUGGGCGAUGACGGAGCUCCUCAGGCAUCCAAAAGCGAUGGAGCGAUUGCGAGACGAGGCGAUUCGAGUUGGGAAGGGGAAAGCAGAGAUUGACGAAGACGACUUGGACGAAAUGUUGUAUCUCAAAGCAGUGAUGAAAGAGACACUACGAAUGUAUCCACCAAUCCCGCUCUUGGUUCCUCGAAAACCUUCACGGAGCGUGGAGAUCGAAGGCUACCACGUUCCUGCCGGAACGAUGACGAUGGUGAACGCGUGGGCGAUAGGGAGGGACCCGGGGAUUUGGGAGCAACCAGAGGAGUUCAUGCCGGAGAGGUUCUUAAAUGAUGGUCGUAAGGUGGAUUUUCGGGGGCAGGAUUUCGGGCUGAUUCCGUUCGGUGCUGGAAGGAGAGGGUGUCCUGGGAUUUCGUUCGCCAUGGCGACGAAUGAAUUGGUGCUGGCGAAUAUGGUGAAUGGGUUUGAUUGGAGUUUGCCGGAAGGUAUGAGAGUGGAGGAACUGGACAUGGGUGAAUGUCCAGGACUCACUAUUCAUAAGAAGGUUAAAUUGGUGGCAGUUUGUACACCGCGUCAACUCCAUGCCUAAAAAAAUAUUGUUAUCAUUGGUUACACUAGUUUUGUUUCGUACUUUUCUUUCUAGGAGUACAAGGUGUCUAAACACACUAUAUAGUUUGGAGUUACUCUUAUGAUACUAGUUUUGGUUCAACAUGUGUGGUACAACUGUUUUGGCCUUCAUUGCCAAAAUAUUUAAUCGUUGAAUGUCGUCAUAACUGGACUUCAGCAGUAGUUCACAAACCUUAAUCAAAGUAUUUUUUUUUUUAUGAAUUGGUUGUAAUAUUGUAUCAUCAAAAAAUUGUACUUGGCAACACGUCAUGCCAACUAAGUGGCAACAUACUACCGAAAAACUAGUUUUGGGGUUGCCAAAGUAGGGGGUUUUUUUUUAUAAGGUGAACAGUGGCAUGUUUCGGUCCUCUUCCCAUUACUUAGAAAAAGUGAGCCACCGGUUCAGGUACAAGAGACUAUCAUUACCACCUGGACAAUUAGACAUCCAACCCGUAAUCGCAACGACCCAAUUGCAAGAGCGGAGCUCUACCAACUGAGCUAUAUCCCCCCGAGCCAAGUGGAACAUGCAUGAAGGAGUCAGAUGCUUCUUCUAUUCUUUUCUUGAUAAUUAAUUAAUUAAUAUAUUAAAGUCUAGGUUGUGAGUUACUAUUCAUUAGUGGCUCUCACACUCAUCCAAAUAUAAGUGGGGAAGUUUCACGUCGUUCUUUUACCUUACUCUCCAUUCUACAACAUUUGUGUGUAGUUAUUGUUCGUUAGGUUUUCGUCUAUGACUUUUUGCACAAGUCAUCGCCUUUGUGUUUUUUUAUUGUUCGUUAGGUUUUUGUCUAUGACUUUUUUCACAAAUCAUCUCCUUUGUGUUUAGUUAUUGUUCGCUAGGUUUUCGUCUAUGGCUUUUUGCACAAAUCAUCGCAUUUGUGCAAUGUUAUUGUUCGAUAGGUUUUCAUAUAUGGCUUUUUGCACAAAUCAUCGCCUUUAUCCACCAUUUUGCAGCUCAUCUCAAAAUAUUGUCGACGAAAUCCUAAGUUGUUCCCCACCACCGUUUUCCAAGGAUGCUACCACGAGUUUUGUAUCGGGACCGAGUUUCAUCCUCUAUGAUCACAAUUAAACCAAAAAGGCAUCCUAACUUGAACACAAAUCAUCGCCUUUGCCCACAAUUCUGCAGCCCAUUUUUAAAUACGGUCGGCGGAAUCCUAAGUUGUUCCCCACCAUUGUUUCCCAAGGCAGCUACCACGACUUUUGUAUCGGGAUCGAGUUUCAUCCUCUUUAGUGUUUUUUUCUUUCUCUUUUUCCUUUUUGUUGAGCAUGAUCACAAUUGAACCCAAUGGUGCUACCGGAAAUUCAUAUCAUAUCUACUCAAUGUUGGCGAGUUUUGUAUCGGGACCGAGUUUCGUUUGCUUUAGUUUUUUUUCUUUCACUUUUUCCUUUUUGUUGGGGUCAUGAGCGAGUUUUAUCCGCUUUAGUAUUUUUUUUUAUCCUUUUUUCUUUUGGUUGAGAAUGACAAUUGAGUCCAAAUGCAUGAGUAUACAACCUAAAUUCGACCCGACUAAAGCAAUUUGAACCCAAUUUUACAGGGUUUUCGACGAAAGCGAGUGUUAUCUGUUUUUGUAAUUGGCGUAUUGUGUCAGGUGUGAAUUUGUCCAAAACUUGGUCCAACCAGGUCAAAACGAGUUGAACCUGGUGUUGACGAGUUUUGAGUCGGUAGCGAGUUUUAGCUUUAGUGUUUGUCAUUUUGCUUUUUUCUUUUGUUUGAGAAAGACAAUUGAAUCCAAAUCCACGGGUAUCCAAUACUAAUUUGAAAAGAUACAGAGAAGUUGUUUCAUUCUGCAAAAGUUAUAGCAGGAUCAACUACUAGCCAUACAUAUUGAAAUAUUGGCGUCAUGAAAAAAUUUUAAACAUAAAUAAUCUAUUCGACGACCCUUGUAUCUUAUGCAAGUUCAUCGACUAUAUGCUAUUGUAAAUAACAAACCUAUGAAAAUAAUGAUUAAGAAUGAAAUAAAAUUACUCACUUUUGGAUCAACAUUAAAACUAUAACUUUUUAACAUAUUUAUUUUUCGCGAGCGGGCUUUUCCUAGUUACUUUUACCUUCCCUUCAAAUGCAAGCAUGCAAAUCUUCAAUAAGUCUUCCAAAUCAUGCAAAUCGUUUUGAGCAUUUCUCCCUCAUAUACUGCUCAACACACUGCUCAACACAAGUCGCCAGUUUUGGAGUAGUAGUUUUCCUUUGAAAGCAGUUAUUGUUCAAGUAAGUUCAUAUGCCCACCUGUCCAGUGGCCACAAGUACUCUAUAAGUGAAUACAGAGAAUAAUACAAGGUAUAUAUAUAGCAAAUACAAUCUUCAAAUAGGUGUUUCUUAGGCUCCAAGGUCUCAAAAUAGAGUGCAUAACCAUGAGUUAUCAUUCAUCAAUAACCAAAUCUGGACCCUUCAUUUAGAAAAUCCAGAUCUAAGGAUAGAAAAUUAAAAGUCAUUUUUAUUUUCCCUAGCUUUCUUAAUUGACUCAUAUAUUUUUUGUCUUAACUUGGAUUUAAAAUUUUUUUUUUUUUGCACAAAUAGAACGAGUUAAUCGUGCUCUACAAAAUGAGAUCAAUUUUCAAUAUUUUAUGAGAAAAAAAAUUAUGGCCUCUCGGUACCAACUGCAUACCAUAUGGUAUCUUCUUCGUUUUUAAUUCGUUUUUGAAAACGUUUGCACAGAAGGGACAAGUUCAUCAUGAUCUAUUGGAUCUACAAAUUUCUGAGUGAACAAAUUACAGGACCAAAAAAUACCACACAAUACCAUACAAUACCACCCUGGUACGGGGUGAUAUCUUAUGGCAUACAAUGUUAAAAGUCGUAUUUGACAAUUAAUAUACUUCUACUAUCAUGUAUUCAACCAUCCUACAAUCUUGGUUUGUUCAUACCACCAUGGUACGCUUUUCAAACCAUAGGUAUGCUCUUAUUUCAAUAUCAGUCAAUACCAUAUGGUAUAGACUGGUAAAAAAUGACUCAAUUUUUUUUGUUCGAAAAAUAUAUCAAAGUGGAUAUCAUUUUGAAGAGCACAAUUAAUCUGAUCUAACUGUGCAAAAAAAAAUUUGACUUAAAACGAGUGAGAAAUCGUCCGUCAAAGAUUAAAGAGGGGAAAAUUAAAGGUUUUUCAGGAGAGAGAUGAUGUUGAUGUCAUGCUGAUGUGGACGGGUUACUCAUGGUUACUCACCAUAAGGUUACUGACCUGAUCCGUUCCCGGUUCGAAGCCUUGUCAACAUAGAACACAAUUAAUAUAGUGUUAUGAUGUUGAUAUGACAGUGACGUGAUGUUGGUAUGAGAUUAUAUGUUUUACAAAAUAAAUUAAUGACAUUAUAUCACUGUCUUAUUACAGUAUAAUAGUCAUAUGCUGUUGGUAUGAAGUCUUAUGUUAGAGAGAAUAAUUUUAUGGUAUCAUAUCAUUGUCAUAUCAUGAUACUGUCAUUAUAUUAUAGUGAUAAUAUCAUUAUAUGAUAGUAUUAUGACGUAAAGUCAGUCUUACCAUAGUGGGAAGAUUAUGAUAUGACAUAUAUGACAGUGAUAAUAUUACAAGUCUACAACCAACACGUGUUUUGAAGAGUUAUUAUUUUUUAUUUGCGCAAAAUAUAACAAAAUAGAUAUAUUUGUCUAAUCUUAAUUAAUGCAUCAAUGUUGUGAAAUAUUUUUAAAUUUUGAGUUAAAAUGAAUUAGAUAUGAUCCAAUUAAGAAAAUAGGGGAUUAGAAAAAGUUUUUCUCUCUCAUCUGUAUCUGUGUCAGAAAAAAAUAUAAUAAAAAAUGUUGAGGGUGUGGUUGUGCGGAAUUACUAGUCCGCCCCUCCAUGUUUUUUGUUAGAAAUAAUUUUGGACUAUUAGAUGUGAUUAAAAUAGAUAGAUUCAGACUAAUUUGAGUUUUGUAGUGAUUUUGUAAAAGAGCAUUUUGUACGCUAUCCUUUCCCUAUUUUAAUUUUAAACCACCCCUAUAUUUUCUAUUUUCCCGUUCUCCUUUUUUGUUUUGUCAAAAAUAAUAAAAAUAGCCCCCCCACGCCCAAUUUUUGUGGAACCAAACAUACUGUAACACAUUAAGCGAAUUCCACAUCAACAAAGCAAGAAAGAGAUCCAUGGUUCAUAAAUAAAAAAAUCGACCUUAACUUACUAGACACGUUUUGAAAGUGAAAUGGAGGACAACAAUGAUGAGUGACAUUAUAGAAAGUCACCUUGAUAUACAACCUAAAUCAAAAUCCGUGAGAAUCUUGGGGCCAAACCGAACAAUAUUUUAUCGGAAAAACGUAUGUUCAUGAUGUAACAUUUCCUUAACACUUAUUAGGAAAUUUCAUGCACCCCAUUUGCAAAACUUAUUAGUAAGUUUUCUGGAUCGGUUAUUUAACUUUCGAGGUCGCAUUUGUAAAUGUCCUUUCACCCUUCUCAGUCAUGUGGAGUAAGCUUUUGGCUUAAAUAGUCACAUGAUAUAGACUCCAAAUUAUCAUCUUGCAACUAUUGACUUUAGCUAUUUUGAAAUUACAUGGAAAACGAAAGUUACCUUAUACAUGGGAUGUGAUAAGGGAAUAAAUGCAUUGUAAAUCAUCAAUUAUUAUAUCAUUGAAAUGUGACUGCCAAAAUAUGUUUUCUUUUAAUUUGGUGACAUAUUGGUGAUUUAGUUGAUUGUUGUCGAGCGACCAUUUACUAUUUAAUCGUUUGUUAGGGUAAUCGUUAACCGCCAAUUACCGGUUCGGUUACGGUAAUAUCAAUCGUUGAUGGUAAUAUCAAUCGUUGUUCUGUAUUUGGUAAUGAAUAGGCCUAGAGGUGACAAUUCUCAAUCCAAUCCACCAACCCGUUAAAAAUAUCCACCUAAUCCAAUCCAUUUAAAUCCAAUCCAUUUGAUCCAAAUGACAAAUUACGGUUUGGUACAUAUAUACUUUUUAUAUUUUACAUUUUGGUACCCAAAAUUUAAUUUUUUAUACGAAAAAUAUCAUUGGAAAAUUACGUUUUGGUACCUAAAAUUUUUCCUUAUGGCAUUUUAGUACCUAAACUUUUCACAUUUUUACAUAUUGGUCCUUGGUUGAGGAUGUCAUUUGGAUUCAUUGAUAAUCCACCAAUCCACUUGAUCCAAUCCAUGAAUCCACCAAUCCAUUGGAUCCAAUUCAUUUAAUCCACUAAUCCAUAGAUCAAUCCAUUUGUCACCUUUAAAUAGGCCCCAAUCUCCAAAUUCUGCCUCGUGGGGAAAGUAAAGGUAAAAUUAGAAGGAUUACUAGUUCCCUUUAAAAAAAAAGAAUGACUAGUAAUAUUAAUGGGCCUGAUCAAGUUUCUUAGCAACCACCUUCUACAACACAAAAAGCAUCCUAGAGCCCCCACACUGAUCCACAACAUAAAAGGCCCAAAUGGCACUACGAUUCAUAUAGUACAAGUUCAAUUUCUUGAAACCUCUCAAAAUUUGACGAACAAAGAUAAGUAGAAUUAGCACAACCUACUAAACUGAGCAGAAGCAAGGAAGUUCUCUAAAUAGAAGCAAGAAAACGCCCUUAAGAGGACCGCUAAAGAAGACGAGGAAGCGCCUAAAAAGCAAAGAGCUUAACGCCGAAUUUUGCUACCAAAUCUCUAGGGAUUUACUUAUGCGGAAAGAAUGAGAUCGAAAUCUUAUCGAUAACCAUAGAUUCUGACAGAAAAUAAACUCACAUAUGUUGCAAUCGUUUAAGACUUUAAAUACUUCUCUUUGCCUUUGCAGUUAUUUCACAUUAAAAUUCGUUUCUUACACGAUUUAUUUUUCCUCCUCUCACAUUGAUUGGUAAAUUUGUCCACCCUUUCAUCUUCCUUCCUAUCUGAUUCCUCUACCCACUCUCUAUCUUUUUCUCUUGGCUUUGGCUUCUCUUGAAUAAAUAAAAAAACUGAUGCUGUUUAUAGCAGAAAUUCGUCCAUCAAAGGCCUUUAAUACAUCUAGAGUAGAUGGUUGCUUGCCAGUUGCCAGCCUUCCAUUUUCUUUUAUAUUCUUCAAUAUAAUGAUGUAAGCUACCAGAACAACUCUAUUUAUGUCCAAAAGGCUGGUUGAAUAAUUAAUUGGUUCUCAUGUCAUCUCAAUAUAUUAAAUCUCAAACGUGCAACAGCAGUCAAAUGACCGGAUAUGGUCACAAUCCACGGUUGUAAGUUUUACAACUAAGGGUAAAAUGAAUAGUUAAAAAAGAA